UUCCCAGACUCAGUGGAGCCACGUUGUAACAGCCUCAUUGAGACUGAAUGAGACGUCUUAAUUACUCCAGUUGUGAAAACUGAGGGAGGGGGGAGGAGGGAGGGGGGAGGAUGUGAGCUUUGAUCUCUGGGGACUGAGGGAGUCUGGAGUGAGGUGGGAUGCCCCCUAUAAAUACAGGACAGGGAGCGAGGGGACAGUUCAGACUCUCCCAGCCACCAGGACUGAGCAGCACCCUGAGGAAAACCAGCUCUGGACUCUGAAAGGAUUUACCUGAGGAGGAGGUUUACCUGAGGACCAGGACCCGUCAGCGCUCCGCAGCCAUGAGAGGACACUUCUCCAUCGAGUGGAUGGCCCAGAGCAGCCAGACCUCGGCACCAGAGACCGGAUCGACCGGGUCUGGACCGGCGGACUGCGGGACGCACUCGGAGAGUCUGCCUGGUUUUUACUGCAGGCAGAGGUCAGAGAGUUUACCUGAGCAGGUAGACAGCAGGAGUCAGUACGGACUGAGCACUCUGCAGCACCAGACCUCUCACAGUAACCAAGUGUCAGAGGCCGGUUUCAGCAGCGGGACAGAGGAGGAGACGUCCGGCUACGAGAGCGAAGGGGGUCGCUCCCUCUCCCCCUCGGCCCCCGACUCCGCCUCCUCCGCCUCCCCCCCGUCCCCCCCCUCGGGCAGGAGACCCCGCACGGCGUUCACGGCGGAGCAGAUCAGCAGCCUGGAGCGAGCCUUCAAGAGGAACGCUUACCUGGGAACACAGGACAAGGCCGAGCUCUGCAAGAAGCUCAACCUGUCCGACAAACAGAUCAGGAACUGGUUUCAGAACAGGCGGAUGAAGCUGAAGCGGACGGUGCAGGACGCCCUGGCUCACGCCUGCCAGGCCAACGUCGCCUCUCAGUUCCUACAUUACCCCGAGCUGCAGGCCUACAGACCGGGACCCUACCCCAGGUACCACCCUGCAGCAGCAGGAGGAGGAGGAGGAGGAGGACAGGAGGCUCCACCCGCUGCUGCCUCCUACCUCCACCCACACAGCCUCCAGUACAGCUCCCCUCUGCCCAGCGUCCCCUCUCUGCCCCUGGACUCCUUCUACCAGUACGGCGGCCUCCCGGGCGUCGUGCUGCCGUCCACCUACCCGACGUACCCUCAGUAUUACUGAGGAUGAUCCUGUAGCAGCUGCUGUGGAAAACCUCACUGAAUCAAACAGGGUCGUGUGCAAUAUUGUGAUUUACUGUAUGUGUGUGUAACUGAUGUAUAGUUUGGAUAUAUUUAAAAUCUAUGAAGUGUUUAUUAGAUUUUUGUUCUUAUGUCGCUGUGAAAUCAGAUAAAAUAAAGAAUGUUAUUAAAACUUUA